CGCUCAUUAAAUCUAAAUUUUGUCAUCUCCGUUAUGAGAAAAAUAAAAAAUGAAAAACUUUAUAAGGCUUCUUAAAUUCUCUCCACCUCCACUAGUAGACCCUUGGCCUUUCUCCUCUGUUUCCUAAACCAAAUCUUCUCGGAACUUUUUUUUUUUACAUUUCAUUUUUUUCGCUUUUGUUCCUCUUCUUUCUCCAUCGUUUUCUAAGUUAUGGGUUCCGGAGAAAAAACCCUCAAAAGCUUCCAUUCAAAUCGUUCAAAUAACGUGAAAAACAACAGCAAACAAGGGAUUAAAGAUGUUCCAAAAGGGUGUUUAGCAAUCAAAGUGGGAUCAAAAGAAGAGGAGAAACAAAGAUUUGUUGUUCCUGUUUAUUAUUUUAACCAUCCAUUGUUCAUGCAACUUUUAAGGGAAGCAGAGGAAGAGUAUGGAUUCGAGCAGAAAGGUACCAUCACAAUCCCUUGCCAUGUGGAUGUUUUUCGAUAUGUUCAAGACAUGAUCGACAGAGAGAGAUCGGUUGAUUAUCAUAGUAAUCAUCAUGAUGAUCAUCGUCAUCACCAUAUCAACAAUCAUCUUGUUGGGUGUUUUAGAGCUUGAUGAUGAAUGAUAUGAUAUAUCAUAUAUGAGCCGCCUGAUCAUGACGCAGCCAAGCAAAAGGGAUAUUAAAAAAAAAAUUGUCUUUUCUUUUCUAGCCUUUUAUCUUUGGUUUAUUAUAGUUUUUUUUUUUUUUUUAAUGGUUUGAUCUUGUGGAGUUGUGGAGCCAAACACGGCCUAACCCACAAGAUUAGGAGUAGAAGUUUAAGUGGUGUGUGUAAAUAUAAAUAUAAAUAAAUGUGAAGUUAUGUUAAUUGUUCGAUU